AUGUAUACUAGUAGUAUGGCAAAGAAGGAACCUUACGAAAGGAAUUCGUUUUAUAAUCUCCGACCUCAACCGUCAAGAGGAACAAGAAAGCGAAAUCCCGAUGAAGAUUUCAUUCUCCGUGGUCGUCGAACUCCUGUUAGGUACACGAGCUCUUACUGACUAUCAACAUAUGGAGUAUUUUAUUAUUUAAAGUCUGUAAAUAUCUUUGGUUAUCUAGUUAUAGGUGUUAUGUUCUUCAUGUUAGAUAGGACCUACUCAUGACUGGCAAGGUCCACUAUUGAUAUCGAACUGUUUUAGUAUCCAACUAUGACUGUUAAGUUGUAGUUCAUCGUCCCAAAAAAAUAAGCUGUGAUAAAAUUUAAGGUAAAAUUUCCGCACAGCCCCAUACUUCAUUAUGCAUUCAGUUCUUGAAUAGAGAAAACAAUGACUAAAACAAUACAUUGCCGUUGGGAAAACAGAUUUGUUUUACAAUAGUAUGGGGCUGUGCGAAAAUUUUACCAAAUUUAAAAUUUAAUAUUAACAAUUCAAUGACAAUAAACAACAUCAUCAUUAGGGUAGUCUACAGAAGAGUCAUAGACCCCAUACAAAGGCAGACCACCCCUGCCAAAAAGAAAAAAAAUAUAUAUAUAUAUAUAUAUAUAUAAUAUAUAUUAUAUAUUAUAUCCUACAAAAACGUCAAUUAAGAAAAAAAUAACUAUCAUCAAAACUGAGAUAGAGUGCAUGAAUAAAGAAUUAUAGAUUCACUUAUAUCUUGAUAGCAAGAAGUCCCUGGCACCCUUAUUGAAACUGGAAAUGUUAGAUGCCUGACAUAAUGAUGAUGGUAAUUUAUUCCACACAUCCACAAUCCUAUCAAAAAAACUACUUUUAAAAGUAGCGGUUCUAGCAAAGUUCUUCUUGAGUGUAAGUUGAUCCCUUCCCCUGAAGUGUUACCUAUCAAAAUCAGUAUAAAAUUGAAUAUAUGUAGACAUGUCUAUACUGAUGAACCUGUUAAGAACUUUAUACAAGAACAUCAAACUAAAACUGUCUGAGUUUUGAGAUACUGAACAAUUUUCAAAAUACAUUCUUCAUCUUUGUCAGUGCAUAUGAUUUCAGUAUAUACUUGAAAACUUGCAAUAAGUAAACUGAAUUAAGUAAUAAUGAAUGAUGAGUUUUAAGUCUAAAUUGUUUGUUUGACUGUACAGGUUGAAGCCUCAGAACUACCGAACCAACUCUGAGAUGACCAUAUCUGCUGCAGGAGUUACACAUAGAAGCAUGAGAACACCCUCAAGGCAAUUGGUGAAUUUUCAGGAAUCACAGACGUCUGAUGAAGAGUUAGACCCAGAUGAUUUAGCUUUGGACUUGUCAGAAUUUGCUGAUGGACCAGAAGAAGAGCUUGCUAGGUUGAAAGAUAAAUCAAGUGAAAAUGAUACAUUUUUGAAUAGUACUUACAACUCAGACAAUUGGUUUAUAAAGCCACUUCACCGGACAACAAGUGCACCAGUUGACAUUGAGGAAAUUGCCAGACGACAGCCUCUUAAAGCUUCUGUGUUAAGGUCAGCUAUGGAAGGAAAUGUGAUAAGUGUUCCCAGUGAAAAGAUCAGGACAACACCAAUCAAUGACUUUGAUUUGUCACUCUUUAGAGAAGCAGAAAAUCACAUGUUAAGUUCACGAACAAUAAGUGCUUUAGCAACACCAUAUCAAGAAGAACUGGCUAGGUUAAGAUUAGACAGGCUGCGUUUAGAGGAGGAAAGGCUUCUCAAAAAAAAAUGUGUGGAUGAACUUGAAAGAAUCCGUGGACCUAAACCUAGGUGGUAUGAACUCAAGACUCCUGAAUUUCACUGUGAAGCAAAGAGGAACAAUGAUAUACUAUCGCUGUCAGGCCACUAUGAAGAUAUCAUGGAAUACAGAAAACAGCUUUUGUCUUGUGUUGGAGAAGAAAAGGUUGCACAAUAG